AAGAUGUUGAGUGAUCUCUGUUGAUGUUCCUACAAACCCACUUCACGAUGGCUACAAAGCCUGUGGAAUGGGUUUCUUCGUUGAUCACGCGUUUUGAAGAACAGCUUCCGUGCCGGAGUGGUCCUCAGACGACACACUCUCGCAUCAACGUGGAGCAGAACAAAGAGUGCCUCAUCAACAUCAGCGAGUACAAGUUCUCGCUGGUCAUUUCGGGCCUCACCAAGAUCUUGCACUCCGUCAAUGAAGUGUUCCUCUUCCAGAGGGCACACAGCCAGAUUCAGCCGGAAUUCGAGAAGAACUUCUACGAGUCCCAGCUCAUUGUGCUGGACACGCUGGAAAAGUGCCUCAACAGGCAACCCAAAGAGACAACCCGCUAUGAUGAGACCAUGAACGUCAAAGCGCUGCUUCGGGAACUCUGCCAGUUCAUCGACAUGCCAGACAGUCCAAUGGUGGUCCCGUUGAAAAAUCUGGCAUCCAAAGUGCUCUUUGCCCUGAGCCUGAACAACUUCAGUGCCGUCUUCAAUCGUAUUUCGGGCAGGCUCCAUGAGCUUUCCAAUGCCAAUGAGGAGAUGACAGACUUCAGCGAUAUUGAGCUGAUCCAGCACAUCAAUGUUGAUGUUUUGAGGCUGAUCAAGCUUCUUAAUGAAAUCAAUUCCAAGUUUCGAUCGCUGCGCAAGAAUGCACAUCUCAGCUUGAUGAAUAGCCUUGAAAAGGCAAUUUGGAAUUGGAUGGACACCUAUCCUCACGAGUUCAUGGACCUGCAGAAGAAGCCCAACGACGAGCUCGCAGAUUCGUGCGACCGCAUGUUUGACCUGUUGGACAGCUUUGCUGAGAACAACAAGCGAAGGGCUCAGGCCUGGCCCCUGCAGAUCAUGCUGCUUGUCCUCUGUCCUAUCAUACUAGAGGAGAUCGUGAAUGCUGACUCCGGAGCACCCUGUUCACCUCGUCACCUUAAGAAGCGGCAGUUCAUAGACAGCGUGAAGAAGGCCCUGGUCCCCCACGGGACGAGCAAGCAGCUGACGGAGGCUGCGGCCGUCACCUGCGUGAAGCUGUGCAAGGCCUCCACCUACAUCAACAUCCUGGACAGCAACAACGUCGUCUUUGCCCUCGUGCAGGUCGUCAUCAACGACCUUAAGUUGCUCCUGUUCAAUCCGGCCAAGCCAUUUGUACGCAGUCAAGCAACAGUGACUCAGGAUGUGGAGCUCAUGAUAGACUGCUUUGUCUCCUGCUUCCGCAUCAACCCUCACAACAACGAGGCCCUCAAGGUGUGCCUGCACGCGGGCGCGGGAGCGCCCUCCUGGACGUACCACCACGUGCUGCUGGGCUCCCUGCUGCGGGUGGUGAGCCAGCCCCGGCUGCCCUGGUGGCCGCAGGUGGACCUGCUCUACUCCAAGGCCCCCGAGCUGAGGCACAUGUUCACCGACACCCUCAACAAGGUCACCCAGGGCUUCAUCUCCCACGGGCCGGUCAAGAUGAUACCCAGCCUCACGCUGAAGGAGAAAGUGAGCACCCUGAAGUUCAAGGAGAAAACGGAGGAGCAGCUGUCGUACAAGAACCUGCUGCUGCUCAUGGUGCGCCUGAUCCACGCCGACCCCAUGCUCAUGCUCAACAGCCAGGGCAAGGCGGGCCACGAGGUGCAGAGCAGCACCCUGGAGCUGAUCAACGGUCUGGUGUCCCUGGUGCACCAGCCGCCCAGCAUGCAGGACCUGGCCCAGGAGGCCAUGGAGUCCCUGCUGGUGUUACACCUGCCAGACCACAUUGAGCGCUGGAACCCCGAGGCCCCCAUUAACACCUUCUGGGACUUGAGCUCCCAGGCCCUGUUCUCCAUCUCCCAGAAGCUCAUCCAGCACCAGAUCCUGAGUUACACGGAUGUACUGCGCUGGCUGCGCGAGGUGUUGCGCUGCCGCAAUGCUUUCCUCGCCCGGCACCGGGAGUAUGCCAACCUGGGCUCCCACGUGGCCAUCUGCAAGCAGGCACACAUCAAACUAGAGGUGGUGUUCUUCAUGUACCUGUGGAGCAUUGAUAUAGACGCGGUGCUGGUUGCCAUGUCGUGCUUCGCGCUGCUGUGCGAGGAGGCGGACAUCCGCUGUGGCCAGGAUGACCUCACCGUCACCUACCUGUUGCCAAACUACCACGUUUACCAGGAGCUGGCCACUGCCAGCACUGUGCUCACCACAGGGAGGGCUGUACUUCAGAAACGGAUCAUGGCUCUACUCAGGAAGAUUGAGCACUGCACUCAAGGCUGCUCUCAGGCGUGGGAGGACACUUUCAUGAACUGGGACGUGGUGACCAAGCUGCUGGUGAGCUACCCCAAAUCGAAGCUGGAGGAGGGCCAGAUCUGCGAGUCCCUGCAUCGCACCAUCGGCAAGCGCAGGGCGUCCCACCAGAGCACCGAUCACGAGUUGGAGGACCAGCUCAACGAAUGGGCCAACAUGACUGGCUUCCUCUGCGCCCUGGGCGGUGUCUGCCUCCAGAGGAAGUCCUCCUCCAGGCCCAGGUCCUCCCUGUACGCAUACAGCGUGCCUCACUCGGCACUGUCCCUGGAUUCGAGGAAAGGUGGCAUGCUGACACCGGGACAAGACAUCCAGUUUUGCCCCGUCACUCAGUUUGUGGGCCAGCUGCUUCGUCUGCUGGUGUGCCACAACGAGAAGUUUGGCACCCAGAUCCAGAAGCACGUCAAAGACCUGGUGGCCCACGAGAUGAGCCCCACCCUCUACCCGAUCCUCUUUGACCAGAUCAAGACCAUCGUGGAGAAGUUCUUCGACCCUCAGGGCCAGGUGACGGUGAUUGAGACCAACACGCAAUUCAUAGAGCACAUCAUCUUCAUCAUGAAGAGCGUCCUGGAGAACAAGGUGGACCACACCACCGAGCACCUAGGGGUCACCAGCAUUGAGGCCAUGAUGCUUAUCAUCGUCAGGUACGUGCGGCACUUGGACACCACAGUGCACGCACUGCACAUCAAGACGAAGCUAUGCCAGCUGGUGGAGGCCACGAUGGCCCGGCGGGACGACCUGGCCUUUCGGCAGGAGAUGAAGUUCCGCAACAAGCUGGUGGAGUACCUGACGGACUGGGUGAUGGGCAACAGCCAUCAGAUGGCGCCCCCCGGCUGCGGGGACGUGACGGCCAUCACCCGGGACCUGGACCAGGCCUGCAUGCAGGCGGUGGCGGCCCUGCUGCUGGGCCUGCCCCUGCAGCCCGAGGAGAGCGACCGGGGGGACCUCAUGGAGGCCAAGUCGCAGCUCUUCCUCAAGUACUUCUCACUCUUCAUGAACCUGCUCAACGAGUGCAGCGAGGCGGCCCCCGAGGAGAAGGACCGCCACCGGCUCCAGUCCUCCAAGCUCGGGGAGCUGCGCACCUGCACCAUCCAGGCCAUGUCCAACCUGCUCAGCGCCAACAUAGACUCGGGGCUCAUGCACUCCAUCGGGCUGGGCUACCACAAGGACCUGCAGACGCGGGCGGCCUUCAUGGAGGUGCUGACCAAGAUCCUGCAGCAGGGCACGGAGUUCGACAUGCUGGCCGAAACAGUGCUGGCCGACCGCUUCGAGCAGCUCGUCCAGCUGGUCACCAUGAUCGGCGACAAGGGCGAGCUGCCCAUCGCCAUGGCCCUUGCCAGCGUUGUCGUCUCCCCGCAGAUGGAUGAGCUGGCCAGGGUAUUUGUAACCCUGUUUGAUGCCAAGCACUUGCUGUCGCCGCUACUCUGGAACAUGUUCUACAAAGAGGUGGAGCUGUCGGACUGCAUGCAGACCUUGUUCCGGGGCAACAGCCUGGGCAGCAAGAUCAUGGCCUUCUGCUUCAAGAUCUACGGUGCCAGCUACCUGCACACCCUGCUGGAGCCCCUGGUGCAGCCCCUGCUCUCGGAAGCCUCUUGCGGGGCGGCCCCCCCUCCGGGCUACGAGGUGGACCCUGCCCGUGUCGAGGAGGCCGAGGACGUCGAGGAGAACCGCCGCAACCUGCUCCAGCUCACCCAGCGGGUCUUCAACGCCGUCAUCUCCUCCGCCGACCGGUUUCCCCCGCAGCUGCGCAGCAUGUGCCACUGCCUGUACCAGGUGCUGAACAAGCGCUUUCCCAACUUCCCGCACAACAUCAGCGCUGUGGGCACGGUGAUCUUCCUGCGUUUCAUCAAUCCAGCUAUUGUGUCGCCCUACGAGAUGGGCAUAGUGGACCGUCAGCCGUCUUCGCGCACCAAGCGUGGCCUGAUGCUCAUGUCCAAGAUCCUGCAGAACAUUGCCAACCACGUGGAGUUCAGCAAGGAGCAGCACAUGCUGCCCUUCAACGACUUCCUCCGGGCAAACUUUGAGUCUGGACGGAGGUUUGUGAUGCAGAUCACGUCGGACUGCGAAUCCGUGGAGCCGGGCAGCCACAGCAUGUCCUUUGUGAGUGACGCCAAUGUGCAUGCCCUGCACCGGCUGCUCUGGAACCACCAGGAGAAGAUCGGGGACUACCUGUCUAGCUCGAGAGACCACAAGGCCGUUGGGAGGCGCCCCUUCGACAAGAUGGCCACCCUGCUCGCCUAUCUGGGCCCCCCCGAGCACAAGCCCAUGGACUCGCAGUGGAGCAGCAUGGACAUGACGAGCACCAAGUUCGAGGAGAUCAUGUCCAAGCAUAACAUGCAUGAAAAGGAUGAGUUCAAGUCCAUCAAGUCCCUCAACAUCUUCUACCAGGCGGGCACCUCCAGGGCCGGCAACCCCGUCUUCUACUACAUCGCACGUCGCUACAAAAUCGGGGAGACAAAUGGGGAUCUACUCAUCUAUCACGUGAUCCUGACUCUGAAGCCCUUUUGCCACAAGCCUUUUGAGCUCAUUGUGGACUUCACUCACACCUGUGCUGAUAACCGCUUCAGGACGGAGUUCCUGCAGAAGUGGUUUGUGGUGCUGCCCGAGGUGGCCUACGAGAAAAUCCAGGCGGCCUACAUCUACAACUGCAACUCGUGGGUGCGCGAGUACACCAAGUACCACGACCGCAUCCUUGCACCCCUCAAGGGCAAUCGGAAGCUGGUGUUCAUUGACACACCUCAGCGCCUGAACGAGUACAUUGACCUGGAUCAGCAGCGUCUCCCGGGGGCCACCCUGGCCCUCGAUGAGGACCUCAAGGUGUUCAACAACGCCCUCAAGCUCUCACACAAGGACACCAAAGUUGCCAUCAAGGUGGGUCCCACGGCAAUCCAGGUGACUUCGGCUGAGAAGACCAAGGUGCUCAGUCACUCUGUCCUACUCAACGACGUCUACUACGCCUCCGAGAUAGAAGAGGUGUGCCUGGUGGACGACAACCAGUUCACGCUGACCAUUGCCAAUGAGAGCGGACCACUGUCUUUCAUCCACAAUGACUGCGACAGCAUCGUGCAGGCCAUCAUACACAUACGCACCCGCUGGGAGCUCUCGCAGCCGGACUCGGUGACGGUGCACACCAAGAUUCGUCCCAAGGACGUCCCGGGCACCCUGCUUAACAUGGCGCUUCUCAACCUGGGUAGCUCAGACCCCAACCUGAGGACAGCCGCCUACAACCUGCUCUGCGCCCUCACCGCCACCUUUGACCUCAAGAUUGAGGGACAGCUGCUGGAGACUGCAGGGCUGUGCAUCCCAUCGAACAACACCAUCUUCAUCAAGCAGAUCUCGGACAAGCUGGCGACCAAUGCGUCCCACCUGACCCUGGAGUUCCUGGAGGAGUGCAUCCAGGGUUUCAGGGCUUCCUCCAUCGAGCUCAAGCAUCUCUGCCUAGAGUACAUGACACCGUGGCUGCCCAACCUCACACGGUUCUGCAAACAUUCCGAUGACAACAAGCGUCAGCGGGUGGCCACCAUUCUGGACAAGCUCAUCACCCUCACCAUUGAGGAAGUCGAGAUGUACCCAUCAAUCCAGGCUAAGAUCUGGGGAAAGAUUGGUCAAGUCUCAGACCUCUUGGAUAUGGUCUUGGACAGCUUCAUAAAGAGGAGCGUGACUGGCGGCUUGGGGUCUGCCCAAGCCGAGAUCAUGGCUGACACGGCUGUGGCCCUGGCAUCUUCCAACGUGCAGCUGGUUGCCAUGAAAGUGAUCAGCCGGCUUUGCAGGGUGAUAGAGAAGACGUGCACGUCACCCACGCCCACCCUGGAGCAGCACCUUAUGUGGGACGACAUUGCUAUCUUGGCACGCUACCUUCUCAUGCUCUCCUUCAACAACUCCCUCGACGUGGCCAGUCACCUCCCCUACCUUUUCCACAUUGUGACCCUGCUGGUACACACCGGUCCGGUGUCCCUGAGGGCCUCCAUCCACGGCCUGGUCAUCAAUAUCAUCCACUCCCUGUGCACCUGCACCAAGCCCUCCUUCAAUGACACGCAGCGCGUGCUGAGGCUGAGCUUGGACGAGUUCUCGCUGGCCAAGUUCUACCUGCUCUUCGGCAUCAGCAAGGUGAAGUCGACGGCGGUGACGGCCUUCCGCGCCAACUGCCGGCAUGGACUGCUGGACCGGUCCUUUGCCUGCGCCAGCCCCGACCAGGAACGCAUGCCUCUCUCCUUCCUCGAGAUCAUCACAGACGCCCUUCUUGAGAUCAUGGAGGCCUGCAUGAAGAACCUUCCAAACUGUGACUGGCUUUCUCAGUGGACGGCUUUGGCAAAAAGCUUUGCCUUCCGCUACAACCCGGCCCUGCAGCCGCGCGCCCUCAUCGUGUUUGGCUGCAUCAGCAAGGGGGUGACAGACCAGGAGGCGAAGCAGCUGCUGCGGGUGCUGGUGAAGGCCCUGGAGUCGUUCCAGGACCUGCAGCUGAUCGAGGCCAUCAUCAUGGGCCUGACCCGGCUGCAGCCCCUGCUGCGCCUCGAGUCCCCCAUCCACCGGGCCCUGUUCUGGGUAGCCAUCUCGGUGCUGCAGCUUGACGAGAUGGCCCUGUACGCCUCGGGGCUCGCCCUGCUCGAGCAGAACCUACACACCCUUGACUCGCAGGGCAUGUUCGAGACGCCCAAAACCCUGAAGCACAUCAUGAUGAGCACCCGGGAGCCCUUGGAGUGGCACUUCAAGCAGCUGGACCACUCGGUUGGACUCAGCUUCAACUCCAGUUUCCACUUUGCUUUGGUCGGGCACCUCCUUAAAGGCUUCCGGCACCCCACGGCCACGACUGUGUCGCGGACCGCACGGGUCUUGAGCAUGCUUCUGGGCAUUGUGGCGAAGCCACACAAAAGAGACAAGUUCGAAGUGAGCCCUGAGAGUGUGGCAUAUCUUGCAGCACUGGUGUCGGUGUCGGAGGAAGUGCGCAGCCGGUGCCAUUUGAAGCACCGGGUGGCGACGCGGGUGGCUUCGGAGGUGCUGGCACGCACCCCGCCCAGCCCGGUGCCGCCUUCCUCCUCCGCCUCCACGGGCUCCGUGGCCGGCGGGGCGGGGCCCCCCGCGGGCACACCCCUUGGGGGCGCGGCCCUGGGCCCCUCCCCCCAGGGUGGCGGGGCCCCGGCCUCCUCACCCCUGGGCAGCAGUCACCAGCUGCACCCUCUCGGGGCGGCAGGGGGCGCACCCUGUGCCCCCGGUCGCCGGCAGAAGUCCUGGGACCUCCUGGACCAGAAUGCCCUGGCACAGGCCAGGCUGGUCAAGCAGGGGCCCCAGCAGCAAGGACAACAGCGCCCGCUUUCCCUCGACGCGCCGACACAGAAUGCGGGCAAGGACCCCAAGUUCUGGCGCAGCCUGGACACGACGGAGGGUGGCUCGGGGGGCGUGGCGGGGGCGGGGCUCCAAGGGGGCGGGGCCUCGGCCUCCUCCUCGGCCCCCGCCUCAGCGGGGGGCCGCCCCCUGUUCCGCACACAGCGCAGCAGCUCCAUGCCCACGCCCCGCUCCCAAAAGGCGCCGCCUGGGGUGCCGGCGGGUGCCGCAGAGGAGGACGAAGAGCUGGCGCUGGCGCCACGCUCCUCGCGGGUCUCUGUCUCCAACGAAGACAACGUCUUGCUGGACCCCGAGGUGCUCACGGACUUUCCCACCCAGGCGCUAGUGCUCACCGUGCUGGCGACACUGGUGCGCUUUGCCACGGACGAGAACGAGACCCGUAUCCUGUACGAGUACCUGGCCGAGGCCUCCGUGGUCUUCCCCAAGGUGUUUCCCGUCAUUCACAGCUUGCUGGACGCCAAGAUCACGACAGUGCUUUCCCAGAACCACGACCACAUCAUCCUGAGUGCGGUCCAGUGCAUCAUCCAGAACAUGAUUGCUUGCGAGGACAGCAGCCAACAGCAGCUGCACUAUCUGCAGACUUGUGGAUUUGGAGGACUUUGGAGGUUUGCUGGUCCCUUCUCCAAGUGCCAGACGAACCUGGACAAUGCGGAGCUGUUUGUCAACUGCCUGGAGGCCAUGGUGGAGACCUGCCUGCCGGCAGACGAGGGGGAGUUGAGCCAGUACCCGAGCUCUCUGUCGGUGGCCUCGGCCAUGAACCUGUCCUCCUCCAUGUCCAGCCUGACCCUGGGCUCUCCGACAGACAAGGACGGAGGGGGCGGCGCCUGCUCGGACGGGGGCGGGGCAGGGGGUGGGGCCCCGCCCGACCGCGCCCGCUCGGCCUCUCAGCUCUCCAAGCAGCGCAGCUUCAAGUGCAAGGGUCCGCCGGGGGGACAGAGCGGUCCCAAAAACGGACGCACCUCCCACUGACCCUCGCCCGACGGAGGCCCCGCCUCCCCGCACGGGGAGGCCCCGCCUCCGAAGGAGGGGACGGCCUCCGAGGAGAGGGAGCAGCACUCGGACGCUGGGUGAACGAGAAGCUCCGUAUUGCAGAGACGCCCACUUUUGCGGUGCGCUUUUAAAUGGGUUCCGCAAAGCGGGAACUUUCCCGGAGUGAGUGGGGGAGAGGAAACCUGACGGAGGUCAACACGACUCGAAUUGCGGCAGAGGCCUUUCGUCGCAUAGAGUGCAAUCGAUUUGUCUAGAGUGCCGCCGCUCCGGGAUCGGUAUCUGUAACUGUGAUGUAGUGUCGGGCGUCAUACUUUUCCACACCCGGUUCCGCUGCGGGAAGUGCGAUUUUCUACCUCUUGCAUCUCCGCUUCCGCAAUCGGAGCCCUCCUUCAAGUCGUUCGACCCGGGAACGUGUGAAAAUUCGCAUCGGCUCGCCCCUCGUGCCAUCCGAAUCCGGGUAUGUUUUGUUUGGACUUCGGCGAAUUGCCGGAAGUAGCUCUCUCCUUGACUGCAUCUUUUAUUUUUUUUUUUCUCGUUUUGUUUUGGACCAGUCCUUCACAGUGAUGAAACUGUCACAAAUGACGAAGAGUACAAAUCAUUGAGUGUUAUUGAGGCUGUGAUGUUCCAAACGUGGCAUUUUCGAGGUGUACAAAACGUAGAGGGAACUUCGCGCAACGGUGACCCGCGCCGUGCCGUCCUUUGUGCUUGGCACUGGCUGUGUGGGCGGAGUGUUAGUGUGUUUGGCCCUCGCGGCCGUGUUCACUUUUACGCGGCUCUUGCGUAACGCAUGCGGGGUUCGGGCGGAGCUUUGCGGAGCCAGACUUCGUCGUUGUCCUUCUGCCGCGGCAGUCGUUUGACACGUUUCAAGCCCGUCGUCUUAUCUGAAGGCCGCCGGCUUUUCGACAGAUGCAGACUCGCCGUUGUGAAUUGAGAUUGGAAAAGGUUUAAGGCCUGUAGCCAACAUGCAGGUUGUGUACGUGAAGUCCAGGGAGGGCAUUUGCCUCCGGUCACGACAUUUUGUACAUAGCGUUGCGACAUCCGAAACAACGGUCACUUGGCUCAGAAAGUGGGUGUUGUUGUUUUAGAGUCUCGUCUCGUGAACGUCGGCUGUGACGUCGUGCAUUUCUGGUGUGGCAUCUUUUCUUCAUCCCGUUGUUGCUUCCAUACGACGAUGCAGGACGAUUUCAUCCCUUACAUAUAGAGAGAGAAAGUUUAAUUUAUUGUUAGUUUUACAGUUUUCUUGAAUGGAUUUGUGAGUGCGUGCAUGCAUUGUCAUCGUGAGCAGGAUCUUUGUGCAUGGAAGCGUCGGUGGUAACAACUGGGUUUGGUUUGAAGCUCAGGUAGAUGCCUCGGCUCUUUCAUCGUAGGACGCAUCUUUAAUUAAUCUCCGCUUCUCAUUGUAUCUGUUUGCAUUGUCGUUUGUCUCGACCACUGAAUUGGAGGAGUCUGCAUGGUACGAAGGAUUGUAUAUAUAAUUGUUUAUGUUUAGUUGCGCUUGAUUCUUGUAGGUUGUGCUGUCCAACACUGUUGCAUUAAACUACUUGCUUCAACAACCUUGUGUAAAAAAUUACAUUAGCAUUUCGUUUUAGAAUGCUUUCUAAGUACCUUUCCGUUGCACAUAACAUAUGUUUUGUCGCGCAUCAUUUUUCUAUACUCUAACCUUGGUCUCACGAUCUACGAGCGAUAUCCAAUUAAGCUUUUUAUGGAAACUCUGACAUACGAGCUUAUUACACCGGGGAACCCGAGGACAUUUUUGUACGACAGGGAGUGGAUGCGAAUUGUCUCGUUGGUGAGCGCAUUGUUUUUAUUGAACAACGGAAAUGGUUCAGAAACUACCGCAAUGCAUUUGUUGCUAGGACUGGCACAGCGAGGCUCUUUGUUUGUGAUACGGGAUCGCAAGUUUCUGUGAUCUGCUGGAAGAACGUGUGGUCAUCGGUUUCUGUCAACCGGUGAACUUCUGCGCUAGGAGUCUACUUCCCCACAGUUUGGGUGCAAGUGUCAAAGGCGUUUUCUUCUUUUUUAUGUCUCGUCCUAGUUACCAACUGUUGUGCUGCGCUGUGCAGCUUGUGUUGACGAUGAUAAUGAUGAGGACAAAACUUGUAUUGUGUCCCUGUAACUGCAUCCAGAUCGUGACGACUCUAUUUUUCUUAAGCUUCUUGCGGAGCAAUGUUGAUGUUGUUGGGUUCCAGCUGAUCGGCCAUCCCCACCAAACCAAAGCACCCUUCAGAACUGUGAUGUGGACCAGUGGAUUAUCUCAGCAGCUCAUGUAUUGUUGGAUGUAUAUCAGAAUUAAAGUCAUAUCUUUUAUUCACAA